AUGCAAGACCUACUCGUUCUCACCUUGAGCUUGAUGCUCCUCUUCGUCGCCAUGGUCGUCCGGCGGCAUGGGCAUGCAUCGAGCAAGGCGGUCUACACGCGCCUCGCCACCCGCCUCAAGUCGACUUUCGCGGGCUGGCUCCGGCAGCCAGCCAUCGUCAUCAGGGACCGCGCGACAGCGCACCGCCUUCUCGUCCGUGGCUGCGUCGGCGGCUCCUUCUCCAACCGCCCGCCAUCCAUGGCGCCAAGCGCCGUCCUCUCGCACCGCCGCUACCACAACCUAACCUCGGCGCCGUACGGCCCGUUCUGGCGCGUCACGCGCCGCAACCUCACCUCCGAGGUCCUCCACCCGAUGCGCCUCCACCGCUACGCCGCCGCCCGCCGCGACGCGCUCUGCGAUCUCGUCGCGGACCUCAAAGAGCAGUGCACGUCCAGCCCCGACGGCCUUGUCCUCGCGGCGGAGAGCAUCCGCACCGCCAUGUUCGGCCUGCUCGCGACCAUGUGCUUCGGCGACGGCGUCGACCCGGGCCUCAUCCGCGCGAUGGCCGACGCCCAGCACGACCUCGUCCAGUUCUUCCCUGAGCUGCGCGUCUUCGCGAAGCUACCGGCGAUUGCUAGGCUGAUCCACCGCCAACGGUGGAGCAAGCUAGUCGCGCUGCGGCGGAAGCAGGAGGAGAUGUACCUCCCGCUCAUCCACGCCCGCCGCAGCCGGCAACGCCAAUCUGGCGAGACGCCGGCGUAUGUGGACACGCUCAUGGACCUCCGGGUGCCGGACGACCACAACAAACGCAGGCGGCCGCGUAGGCUCACCGACGGCGAGCUCGUGGGCAUGUGCUCCGAGUUCCUUGGUGCAGGAACUGAAACCGUGGCCGCGGCGCUGCAGUGGAUCAUGGCGAACCUGGUGAAGCGCCCACACAUGCAGGAGGCUGUCCGUAGGGAGAUCAACGUUGCCGUUGGCGCGGACGCCGAGGAGGUGGGCGACGAGGUUCUUGGGAAGCUAGACUACCUCAACGCUGUCGUCAUGGAGGUGCUCCGGCUGUACCCCACCGCCACCUUGGUGUUUAGGCAGGUGUCAGAAGAAGACGACAUCAUUCAUGAUGGCCAGCGUAUUCCGACGGGUACCAAUGUGCUCUUCCCGCUGAAGUCUCUGGCGCAAGACAAGGCGACGUGGGCUGACCCGGAUGAGUUCAAGCCAGAACGGUUCCUAGCCGACAAAGGUGGGGAAAAUAUCAGCCUUGUUGCGGUUGCCGGAAGCGGCGGGGAGAUCAGGAUGAUACCGUUCGGUGCCGGCCGAAGGGUGUGCCCCGGCAUGGGUGUCGCCAUGCUCCACAUGGGAUACUUCACUGCCAACCUCGUCAGGGAGUUUGAAUGGAGGGAGGCGGAGGGGGAGCUGGCUGUCGAUCUCCGCCCGCAUUUUGGGUUCUUCACUGUCAUGAAGCACCCGUUACGUGCUCACCUCGCCGUGCUUCCGUGA